AUGGCCCCCAGAAUGCGCAGUGCGCUCACAAAGAGCCUUUCGCGCUCACUAGACAGUAGCUCUAUCUUCUAUUGUCCAUCGUGCGCGAUCUGGCGCCGCACAUUGUCAACACGCGCCAGCAAUCGCAGCCUCGAGAAAACCGACACAUUGCGACGAAGCAGUCAACCCCAGAGCAGAAUUACAGCAUCGACCCAUCGGCCAUUCAACACAUCGUCUGUUAUCACUGCCAAGUCUGUUCCGCCCCGGUUGAAGGAGCUCUACACUGCCCUGGAAGGAGUCAAGGAUGCGGCGCUUGAGCAGGUGAAUCUUAGCAGACUGCAGUUUGCGCUACGGGGUCUGGAGUCCGAGACGCCUCUUAUUCGUGUGGCUGUCCUCGGAUUGAACGAUGCGACCUCUGCCCGCAAACUCGUUAGACUACUACUUGCCGACCCAUUGACACCGCGGGAGACUUGGGAAGACAUUCUGGAGUCUUAUGAUGCCGACUCAUCGAGAGGGCUGCUGAUUAGAUACGGCGAAAUCUCAGAAUCCAUUCCCAAUGACUUGCUACCGACGAUAUCAGUGCCCUCGCCCAUCCUUAGAGAUGGAAACCUGGAAAUCCUUGUUAGCACGAUCGGCUCCGAGCCUGACCCCAAUGCUGCCACACUCCACGCCGAUACGUUCCUGGUUCCCACUGUGACUAUUCAGACAUCGCAUUCCGGUCGGCAUAACCUUGUUCGGUAUCCUGUGCACCGCAGUAUAGUCUGCGGAAGUGGUGUGGAUGGUCUACUGGCUUACAGCACAAUGAUGGGCCGAUCAGACCUAAAGCAUGAGAUCGCCUCCGUGCGCGGUGCUAUUGAACUCUCCGUUGCUGAUCAGGAGUCCCAAAACGAGCAGAUUUCUCUGGUGGACAUUGAACGUGCCAGCACAGCCCUGGACAAGUUUCGGGAAUCCGUCCAAAACGCCGGUGACUACGGACGUGGAUGGAACGGCAGUGGUGUGCAGCCACUCAUCAACUGGCUUACACAAUCCUCUGAGGCAUCAACUCCAGAGACAUUGAACCCAGCCUUGGUUCCCCUGGUGGAGUCAAUCCUCGACUCCGCCGAGGCUAGCGUGCUCAUUCGCGAUGCCAAGGCGCUCCAAGACCAGACCGCCGGCAUAGCCCCUGAGGAGCUCCGCUCCCAACUCGACCAAGGCGUCACAGUCUGGGCGGAGCGCGCUCACUCCGAGCUCCGUAGCUCGCUGGAAGCCGGUCUGGCUAGUCCGCGCUGGCGGGGCCUCGCAUGGUGGAAGCUCUUCUGGCGCGUCGACGAUGUGGGCAUGGUCACCUCCGAGAUCCUCGAGAAGCAGUUCCUCCGCCGCGCUGAGCGGGAAGUCAUCUGGACCGCAGGCAAAUACCAGCAGGCCGGCCUGCUGGACGAACCGACUUCUACCCCCAAGUCGGCCGCAGCCCUCGGUCCUGCUGAGCCUAUCUCGCCUCCCUGGCCAACUCAAAUCCCAGACCUCCGCACUAAACUCCUCACGACUACAGUCCCCUCCCUUCAAUCCCUUGCCCAGAGUUUGGUUCUCUUCAGUGUCUCCACUACCACUCUGACCUCCGCUCUGUCCGCUCUUACCUAUGUGGCUGUGCCGUCGGCCUCCGUAUACGAGUCAUGCACCCUUGGCGCAAUUGGUUUGAUCUACUCUAUGCGUCGCCAGCAGAAGAGAUGGGAUGAUGCCCGUACCUACUGGGAGGAGGAGGUCCGCGAAGAAGGACGUUCUUCUCUGCGGGAGACUGAGGGUGCUCUCCGCGAGAUUGUGCGGGAUGGUGGUAAGUCUGUUCAAGAUAUGACGGAUACUCGUGCACGAGACAGUGUUGCCCGCGCGAAGAAGGCCUUGGAAGAUGUGAAGGCUUGA